AUGCAAGUCAACUGGUGUUUUCUUAAUCUUCACAACGAAACCCAAGAAAGCUUUCUUCAUCUUGAAAUGGUGAUUUAUACAAAACCAAUUCAGAUUCUAAACCUACUACUAACAAUCACAUAUAUCUUCCUCUAUACGCCUUAUUCCUCAUCCGCCAUUGCCGCCAAUAUAGUCUCCGACCUCCACUCCCUACAAUCACAAUUCCCUUCCGGUAUCAUUCACCUCAACGAAACUAUUCUCUACAGAAUCUUCAAUGCCGACCCCAGAUCUUUCUACUUGAUCAUCUUCUUCGAUGCUAUCCAACUCCACGAUAAACCAGAACUAAAUCUCAAAACUAUCAAAUCUGAAUAUCCCCUGAUUGCCAAAUCCUUCUCCAUCAACAACCAAAACUCCUCAAAUUUUUCCAAAAUCUUCUUCUGCGAUCUCGAAUUCAGUGAAUCUGAAAAAGACUUCCUCCAAUUUGGUAUACAUGCAUUACCUAACAUUCGCAUCGUUCCUCCUGAUGCUGACGAUUUAAAAUCUGAUUCAAUCCCCUUAGACGUCUCAGAGUCCUCCAGUUUAGCCGAAUCAAUGGCGGGUUUUCUCGAAUCCAAAAUUGGAUUACCAAUCGGCCAAAUCCACAGACCCCCAAUUGUUUCGGGUUCUAUGUUCAUAUUGAUUCGCAAAGUGCCUUUGUUUGUUAUGGAUAGAAAGGAUUCAAAUAAGUUGAUUUUCUUCUAUAAGGGUGUUGGGAUGCAGUUUGGUGUUGAAGGUUUGUGUGUUGGAUUUUUAUUCAUGACUGUAGGGUUGUUGUUCCCUUUCAUAACUCGAGUUAUUGUUAGGAUAAAAGAUUCAAUGAUACAAAGAGCAGCCAUGGUUAGUGCGAUGAUUGUUUCGUUUUGGGCAGUGAAGGAAGUUGUGGGUUUGAAUCAUUGGAAGACUGGUUAUUAUGCUCAUGCUUAUCUGCCUUCGAGUUGGUAUAAGUGA